GAUCUAAAUUUAACAAACCAAGAAGGCUACUUGCAUACUUACAUCUAAUUACGGCUUGCAUAUUAGUUAUUGCCCGGGCUAAAAAGCCCUAUCACGACAUACAUAAAUGCAUAGCACUACUGCUCCCCUUUUUGCUGGAUUCUUCCAUUUUCCUCCGCUUCUUCUUGAUUCACUGGUGGUGCACAGGUGCUGGGCACUCGCCCAAGUUUUCUUUUUUUUGCCGUCGGUGCUCGCUUGUUGAGUUGUUGUUCCUUUCUUUGUUUCCCAAAAUCGUAUCUUUCUGUCAACGCUGUUGCCAUGUCCGGACCGGAGUCAGGGGCCAGCUGAGGCGACAACCAUAAGCCCUCACCCUUACCCUCAGCUGCUGCUUCUUGGCUUGGGCUUGAAGCAGAUCAAGGGAGGAGGAGAAGGAGAUGGCGUCGCCCUUGUCUUCCUCCUCCUCCAGCACCAGCACCAGCACCAGCACGCUCCUCCGGCUGAUCUGCCUCUGCACCGCCUUGCCAGUCGCCCUGCAGGCGGCGGCGGCGCGCCCGCCCAACGUCACCGUCGGCGCCCUCUUCACCUUCGACUCCGUCAUCGGAAGGUCUGCCAGGACCGCCAUCCAGCUCGCCGUCGACGACGUCAACCGCGACCCCGCCGUGCUGAGGGACACCAACCUCAGCGUCAUCUUCCAGGACACCAAGUGCAGCGGAUUCGUCGGCACAAUCCAAGGCACCGUAUUCCAUUCCUUGCUUGUCUGAAUUGCAUUGCAACUUGAGUUCUCCCUUUCUCCACAAGAACAUCAACAUUCAUUGCAUCAAGAUGUCAAUCCUCCCAUUCCUCUGUUCAAACUGCAUGGAACUGGGUUAUGCGUUGCAGAUUCAUUCAGAGUUUCAUGUUCCACACAUCGUAGCAGCAGGAGUAUGGCAAUAGGGAGGAAGGGCACUCUUCUAGUCUAGUCAACUCCAUUAUUUUUCUUCAAAGCAAAUCAUGCUAGCUUGCAUAGCUUUGUUCAAUUAAAAAAAACAAACACGAGCGCGAGUUUGAUUUUGUAAGAAUUGCCGCGUGUGAGUUAAACUGAUCACCAGAUGAGAUGGGUCAGACAUCCAGCCAGCCUCGUGGUAUCAACAGUCAACGGCUGCAUCAUUGAGUGUUAGCCAAACUGCGGCCUUGGAUGAGAUGAGAGUAUGGGACUGACUGACCUUUCGUGAACCUGAACUCUGCAGCCCUGGAGCUGAUGGAGAGGCAUGUGGUGGCCGUGGUGGGCCCCCAGUCCUCGGGCAUCGCGCACGUCGUCUCCCACGUCGCCAACCAGCUGCGCGUCCCGCUGCUGUCCUUCGCCGCCACCGACCCGGCGCUCGCCUCCUCGCAGUACCCCUACUUCGUCCGCGCCACGCACGACGACCGCUUCCAGAUGGCCGCUGUCGCCGACGUCGUCGCGCACCACGGCUGGCGGGAGGUCACGGCGGUCUACGUCGACAACGACUACGGCCGCGGCGGCGUCGUCGCGCUCGGAGACGCGCUCGAGGCCCUGCGCGCCAGGGUCUCCUACAGGGCCGCGUUCCCGCCGGGCGCCGACCGCGCCGCGCUCGCCGACCUCCUCGUGCGGGCCAACAUGAUGGAGUCGCGCGUCUUCGUCGUCCACGCCAGCCCUGACUCGGGACUCGACGUCUUCGCCGCCGCGAGGUCGCUCGACAUGAUGGCCACCGGCUACGUCUGGAUCGCCACCGACUGGCUCGCCGCCGCCAUCGAUGCUGCUGGUGCUGGUGCUGCUGCUGCUGCUGGUAAUAUACAGGGUGUCCUCAUGCUGCGCCAGUACACCCCGGACUCGGACGCCAAGGCGUCGCUCGUCUCCAGGUUCGCGGCCAAACAGUACAUCAACGCGUACGGCCUCUUCGCCUACGAUUCCGUCUGGAUGGCGGCGCGCGCCAUCGACCAGUUCCUCGACGACAACGCCAGCGGCGGUAACGUCUCCUUCUCCGCCGACCGCAACAUCCGCGACGCCAACGGCAGCGCGCUGGGCCUCAGCGCGCUCAGGGUGUUCGACCAGGGCGAGCAGCUGCUUCGGAAGGUCAUGCUCGCCAACUUCACUGGCGUCACGGGCAGCGUCCGGUUCCAGUUGGACGCCGAUGGGAGCGGGGGCGCGACCCUCAUCAACCCCGCCUACGAGAUCCUCAACGUCGGUGGCACGGGCGUCCGCCGGGUCGCCUACUGGUCCAACUACACGCGCCUGUCGGUGGAGGCGCCCAGGCUGCUCGCCGACGGAGGGCCGCCGCCCAACUCCAAUAACACGACCACCCAGCAGCAGCAGCAGAUGUACAGCGUCAUCUGGCCCGGUGACACCACGGCUAAGCCGCGCGGAUGGGUAUUCCCCAACAACGGCAAGCCGCUGCGGAUCGGCGUGCCGUACCGGACGACGUACAAGCAGUUCGUGUCCAAGGACCGGUCCAGCCCCGACGGCGUCAGCGGCUACUGCGUGGACGUGUUCAAUGCGGCGGUGGCGCUGCUCCCGUACCCGGUGCCGGCGUCGUUCGUCCUGUUCGGCGACGGCGUCAAGAACCCCAGCUACAACGAUCUGGUGCAGAGGGUGGCUGACGGCUUCUUCGACGCGGCGGUGGGCGACAUCUCCAUCGUCACGAACCGGACGCGGGUGGUGGACUUCACGCAGCCGUACGUGGAGUCCGGCCUUGUCAUCGUGUCCACGGUGAAGGCCAAGAACUCCAACGAGUGGGCCUUCCUCAAGCCCUUCACGCCGGGGAUGUGGGCCAUCAUCGGCGCCUUCUUCCUCUUCGUCGGCGCCGUGGUGUGGAUCCUGGAGCACAGGUUCAACCCAGAGUUCCGGGGGUCACCGAGGAGGCAGAUGGUCACCAUCUUCUGGUUCAGCUUCUCUACGAUGUUCUUCGCGCACAGAGAGAACACCGUGAGCACUCUUGGCCGCUUCGUCCUCAUCAUCUGGCUCUUCGUGGUGCUCAUCAUCAACUCCAGCUACACGGCCAGCCUGACGUCCAUCCUGACGGUGCAGCAGCUGUCCACGGGCAUCCAGGGCCUGGACAGCCUCCUCUCCAGCAACGACCCCAUCGGCUACCAGGUCGGCUCCUUCGCCCGGAGCUACAUGAUGGACGAGCUGGGCGUCCCAGCGUCGCGCCUCCGGGAGCUGGCCAUCGACGGCUACGCCGGCAGCCUGCAGCGCGGGCCCAGCAACGGCGGCGUGGCGGCCAUCGUCGACGAGCUGCCGUACGUGGAGCUCUUCCUCUCCACCAACUGCCAGUUCAGGACGGUGGGCCAGGAGUUCACCAAGAGCGGAUGGGGAUUCGCGUUCCAGCGAGACUCCCCCCUGGCGGUGGACCUGUCGACGGCCAUCCUGACGCUGUCAGAGAACGGCGACCUGCAGCGGAUCCACGACAAGUGGCUCAGCCCAGGGACGUGCGCGUCGCAGAGCACCGACGGCGUGGGCGCCGACAGGCUCAAUCUGGGCAGCUUCUGGGGCCUCUUCCUCAUCUGCGGCGUCGCCUGCUUCGUCGCCCUCCUCAUCUACUUCGCCAGGAUACUCUGCCAGUUCUGCAAGUACCACGGCCACGGGACCACCGACGGUGCCGGCCCGUUCCCCGUCCCGGAGAGGAGCCUGCGGCGGCCCGCCAGGCUCACCAGCAUCCGGGACCUCAUGUCCUUUGUCGACAUGAAGGAGGCCGAGGUGAAGAGGGCCAUCCGGAGCAGGUCCGACAGGCGACUCGACGGGUCCAUGGGCGGCAGGAGCUACACCUCCGAAGGGCCGUCCUUGUCACGGCCGUCCUCCAUGUCGCCGGUGUAAGACGGGCCGGCGGCGUUCUUCUUCAAGACACGUUUUUUGUUUGUGCUGAUCUGACUUAGGUAGUUGGAGCCUGGAGGCGACGAUCUGAAAUCGAUGAAACCGUGCGUAUGCACAAAUUGCUAUUCAACGAACAUACACACACACACGAUCUUUCGGAAGAUAGAAUCUGUAGGUGCUAGUAUGCAACGUAGUUCUCCCCUAGAAUUGCAGGGGUAUUAUGUACAAAAGUUUCAGGUUUUUAUGGACAGCUAAAGUUGAAAUGAGAAUUUCUUUUCUAUACAUA